AAUGAUGAGAAAAUAAUGGCCACGUCUUAUCUUACUUUUAUAUAAAAGUAUUUUCAAAACAUUUAAUGACCAUUUCAUAGUUUCAUAUUGAACGUACCACCUAAAGAGAAAAUAAACUUUUCCUCUGAUUAUAUGGAGCAAGAGGCAGAAAUUGAUCGUUUGCCGAUUGACUUAUUGGCUCAUAUAUUCCUCAUGAUUACUUCUUUCACCGAUUUAGCCCAGGCAAGUGGGGUUUGUAGGAAAUGGAAACAAGGCGUGAAACAGGCCCUUGCUAGAAGACAAACCCUGAGUUUUGCUGGUUUUAAAAUGGAUGAUGAUUCCACUGCUCGUCUUGUUCAUCAUGCUUAUAGCCUCAAAGAACUCGAUAUUUCAAGGAGUCGUUGGGGUUGCCAAAUUACUGACAAUGGACUAUGCCAAAUUUCAUUAGCAAAGUGUGUUAGCAGCUUGACAUCUAUUUCCCUUUGGGGUAUCACAGGCAUUACUGAUAAAGGUGUUGUUAAAUUGAUAACAAGAGCCAAUUCCUUACAACAUCUAAACGUUGGAGGUACAUUCAUUACAGAUGAAUCCUUAUCCGCCAUUGCAGAUAGCUGUCCACGAUUAAAGAGUAUUGUCCUAUGGAGUUGUCGUCAAGUGACAGAAACAGGGCUGUUUGUACUUGUAAGUAAAUGUCGGAAACUAGAGUCAAUCAAUGUAUGGGGUACAAGAGUUCCUCUAGAUUGUUUCAUUGGAUUGCUUACUAUCCGUCCAGCUCUUCAAAUAAAACCACAAGGUUUGCCCUUAAAUGUAAUGUUACCUGUCGUAUAAGCUGUUCAUUUUAGUGAAUCAUUGCAUUGACAAGAACAUUGCCUGUAAAUAUCACCUUCUAUGAUUUCAGUAAAUUAUAUUAUAUGAAAUUAUGAUUCCAUAAAUUAAAA